AUGUCGGACAUAUUCCGACCACUUUUUCGAUCUGUGGAAGGUACGUAUCUGCAUAUCGUCCUGAGAAUACGGUCUGGUCUCCAAGAAAACCUAGUUUCUUAUUCAGAGUUCUAUCUAGACAAGGUCGCGAACAGGCGCGAGCAAUUACGCAAGGCGCAGAAGACCUUCCGCGAACGACGAGACCAAUAUCUCCGCGUCUUGGAGAAGUCCGUCAGACGCCUGCAGCUUACCGAAGCAAGAUUGCAGAACGAAGUCAACCACCUCGAGCAGGAGCUGGCUGCAACGAAAAGCAAACUCGCGCAAUGCGAGGCCGAGCUGCGCAAGACGACCCAGGCGACGCACUACGACUCCCCCUACUUCAGCAAGAGCGGGUAUGCGUCUGGCUCCGGAGAAUUCAAUCUCGCAUCUGAGAGGCGCGGCGCAGCAAGGCCGGCCUACCUCUCACCUCCCAAUGGCAGUGGUGGGAGUGGAGCUGGGGCAUCCGGCAACAGCAACUCCUCCUCUGAGACUCUUGUCUGGAUCGAAACCCAAAAUGGCCAGCCUGUUCAGAUGCAUGUCCAGCAGAAGCAAGAAUUUGGCUUUCUGCCAGCCAGUAGUGGGAAGAACGUUCAUAUUAGCGCGCCAUUGCCGGCCUCGGCCCCUUCAGGCCAAGGUAGAAGCGCGACUGCGAUAUAUGUGGCUCAGCUCGACGCCGUCGUCGUCGCGAUGGAAUUUGUGCUCAAGUACGUGAGAGUGCUAGGCGCACCUCAUCUCCACAUAAUUCCCACAGAUCUCCAAGAACCUAAAUUCAGACCCUUUGCCAUAGAGACAAGAAACUAA